AUGACCAAAGACAACGACAGCCCAUCAACCAGAACAGGCAAAAACCAAGCCACCGACCGCUUGAACCAGGUCUCAUCCCAUAUAUCCCCAAAAGACCAACCAAGAAAGCCCAAGUCGAGAUCAAAAUCCACAGAAAGCCGCCUUCCAGCAGACCACUCAGAUGUACUAGAUCAACUAGCAACGCUCCGCGCAAUAGCGGCAAAACCAGACCCCAACAACCGAGGAUACAUACGCCAAAAACAAGCAGGAAAGCUAUGGGUGCGCGAGCGCAUUGAGCAACUCCUAGAUCCAAACAGCUUCCAAGAAAUUGGGUCCGUCUCCGGUACGGUGACAUGGCAAAAGACCGCGCCGAUGCGCGAGAAGCCCGUCUCAUUCGUUCCCAGCAAUAACGUUCAAGGCGCCGGAUUACUUCGCGGCAGGAAGAUCCUCCUCACAACUGACGAUUUCAGUAUCCGGUCUGGACAUGCCGACGGCGCGAGUGUAGGCAAGACGGUUUAUGUAGAAAAGCUUGCUAUUGCGCUGCGCUUGCCGGUUGUCAAGCUUGUUGAUGGAAGUUCUGGGGGUGGGAGCGUUACAACUAUUCGAAAAGAGGGGUGGAGUUAUCUUCCUCAUGUUUUGUCUUUCCCACAUGUUAUCAAGCAGUUGAAUAUGGGGAUUCCGAAUUUGGGGGCUGUUGUUGGGCCUGCGAUUGGACUUGGUGCCGCCCGAGUAGUAUCCUGCCACUUCUCUGUGAUGGCAGCCGACAUUGGAGCACUAUUCAAUGCAGGUCCAAAGGUUGUCGAGGGCGCAACAUUCGAAGAGGGUCUCGACUUCCAAGACUUGGGUGGGCCGAUGGUUCAUUGUAUGAACGGCACCAUUGAUAACCUCGCUGCGAAUGAGGCAGAGUGCUAUGAGCAGCUGCGGUUAGUCCUGAGUUAUCUCCCCAACAGUGGGAGUGAUGCACCGCCAACAAUUCCAUGCACUGACCCGGAGGAACGUGAGGAUGUUGCACUACGGAGUAUCAUCCCUCGACGGCAAGCGCGUAUGUACAAUGCCCGUUCGAUCAUCACCUCUGUAGUUGAUAAAGACUCCUGGUUUGAGAUUGGAGCAUUAUGGGGGCGUACUGCAAUCGGUGGACUUGCACGUCUAGGUGGCCGUCCUGUUGGAAUUAUCUCGCUGAACUGUGAAGUGAAUGGAGGUGCACUGGAUGCAGCUGGCAGCCAGAAGCUGACGCGGCUGUUGAAGUUGUGUGAUGUGAUGAAUCUGCCUAUUUUGCAGUUUUUGGACGUUCCGGGGUAUGCCAUUGGAACUGUGGCUGAGCGCACGGCAACAAUGCGCUGGGGUGUCGAGCUCGCCAAAGCUUACUUUAGCACCACCGUACCGGUAUUUAAUGUGGUCACGCGGCGUGUGUUUGGUGUAGCGGGUGGUGUUAUGCUAGGUUGUCGUGAUCCGGUUAUGCAGGUUGCUUGGCCGUCUGGACAAUGGGGUUCGCUACCUUUGGAUGGCGGAAUUGAGGUUGGACAUCGGCAUGAGUUGCGCGAGGCCGAGAAGAUUGGAAAAAAAGAGGAACGAUAUCAGGAAUUGGAAGAGGAGUACCUAAGGCUGAUGAACCCGGUGCGUACAGCGAAUGCCUUCGGAAUCGAGGAGAUUAUCGACCCGAAGGAUACGAGGAAGGUCUGCUGUUCAUGGGCAUCGCAUGUAUAUGAGGUACUACUCAAAGAAAGAUUAGCAGACCGAGCCUGUGGGAAGCUACAGCCUUCUUUCGCUUGA